AUGGCCACCCGGCGACGUGGCACGCUUGGCGACAAGAAAGGGAAACGCAGCGCUGGACGGGCAACAUCUGUGUCCGGACAGAAGAAUGAAAUACCUCCACCGCUCAUUGUUGAUGAACAUGCUGACUCUUCCGACAGGCUUUCUGGGAAGGGAUGGGUCCUGGACCAGACCAGCAUCUUCGCCCAGGUGGAUGCCUUUGUCCAACGUUGCAAAGACCUCCUGGAGGUCUGCGACAGCCAGCAACACUUCGCCCGCUGGGAAGACGGCAAACAGACCCCGCUGCCCUGUUUCUCCGGUCAACAAGGUCCCCAGAUGACCAGGAGCUUGCUGGAGAUCGAGGAGACCUUCAGUAAAUAUCUCAACAACCUCCGGAAUGUGAAAGGAGGGAUUCUGGAUGUGAAGAACACAACCUGGCACGAAGACUUCAGCCGCUUCCGCGCGGGGGUCAAAGACCUGGAAGUCAUGACCCAGAACUUGAUCACUUCAGCCUUCGAGACGGUGAGGGAUGUGGAACAUGGGGUGGAGAUUCAGGACGUCUUCGAACAUCUGUCCUCCCGAGAGGCCAUCAAGCGCACCUUCGACAAGAAGACGGUGGACGUUUUCAUGCUCUUCAACCGGGAGCUGUCCCUGGUCAACAAGGAACUCAGCAAGAAGACCCCUUUCCUGACGCCAUACAUGUGUCACUAUUCAGGCAUGGCCCACUGGAUGCGCGCGCUCCGGCGGCGCGUGGACAGACCCAUGAAGUGUCUCACCAAAGCCCACUUCAUCCCUCACAUUGGGACCGGAGAAGAAAGCUUCCAGACCUAUCAGCUUCUGGUGCAGGCCAUGGAUGAGAUCGAGAGGAAGACCUUCCACGAGUGGACCCAAGGCUUGGACAAGGACAGCUUGAAGCGUCUGGACACCCCUCUCCUCAUCCCGAGUGCCGAGAUGCCGGGCAUGUUGGACAUCAACUUUGACAAGCACCUGCUAAAGUUAUUUGUGGAAAUCCACUACUGGGAGAGAGUGCUCUUCGAAAUCCCGCAUUACGUGGUGGAGGUGUACGAACGGAAGGAAGACCUGAGGAACCUGAGGGAGAACCUCCUGCUGGUGGCCCUAGACUACAACAGGAUCAUCAGCAUGUUGUCUGCCGAGGAGAGAGGCCUGUUCCGGGAACGCAUCCGCUACCUGGACCGGAAGAUCCAACCUGGCCUCAAGAAACUCCACUGGUCCCUCAAGGGGGCCAGCACGGUCUUCAUCUCGGAGUGUCGUCUCCAUGCCAGCAAGGUCCAGAACAUUGUCAACGAAUACAAAGCGGCCACUUUGGCCAUUGCUCGCCAUGCCCAGCAGAUGAGCGAGGCUCUGUUGGUCCGGAUCACUGGCAAGCGGAUCUACAACGACCUGGAGUUUGAAGAGGACCAGAAGGACCACCGGGACCUGGUGCAGAAGAAGCUGGUCACCUUCCACGAGGGCAGCAUUGCCAUCAUGCGGCAGACGUACGAAGUCUUCAAGAAUGAUGGGUCAGAGGUCCAGCAGCAUUGGUUCAACUACACGGUCAGGAUGAACCGAAUGAUGGAGGACGCCCUGCGGCUCAACGUCAAGUGGUCCCUGAUGGAGCUCUCCAGGGCCAUCAACGGCGAUGGCAAGACCAGCCCCAACCCGCUCUUCAGGGUGAAGGUCAUUCUGCAGGACAGUUCACCUGGGCAGGCUCCCCAGGUGGCCUUCUCCCCGUCGCUUCUCCAGCUGGCAAGCAUGGUCAACGACAUCAGCUCCCACCUGAUCUCCAGCAUCACGGUCUUCCGGCACCUUCCGGAGAUCCUCAUCCGGCGCAAGUUUGCCCGUGACCCCAUUUCCGUCCUUGUGGAGCGGGAUGAAGACAUCAAGAAAAUCCAGACUCAGAUCAGCAGUGGCAUGCAGAACAACGCCGGCCUUCUCCAGGGCUACCUGAAGACCUGGGACCGCUACCGAGAGAUUUGGGAGGUCAACAAAGAUGCCUUUAUCAACCGUUACCGGCACCUCAACCCGCUGGUCUCAUCCUUCGACGCUGAUACUGCUCGCGAUUGCGGGAAAGCGUUCAAGCUGGGGGCCGAAAUGCAGGGUGUCUUUUGUGCAAGUCGGAUGUUUGUACAGCUCUGCCUCUGGAGACCUCCCAUUAAGGGCUGCGUCGAUGAGAUCCAGCUGCGGCCACAGGCUGGGAGUCCUUUCACCAGUGCCGUCUCGGCGGACGCUGCCCUGGAGCAGAUCCUGGCCAUGAGGCAGUUACUGGCCACCAUGAAGGAGGAGGAGAACGCUUUGCGCUCCAACCUGGGCAUCUUCAAAAUUGACCAGCCGGCCUCCAAAGACCUCCAGAAGCUGGAGAGGGAACUGGAUUACAUCCAGCAAGUCUGGGAGAUCACGAAGGAAUGGGAGGUCCACUGGGAGGAGUGGAAGAACGGGAGCUUCAAGACGCUGAAGACAGAAGUGAUGGAAAACACUGCCUUCGCCCUCUUCCGGAAGCUGAACAAGCUCAGCAAGGAGCUGAAGGAUCGGAACUGGGAAAUAAUUGAGACCUCCAAGGCCAAGAUCGAGCAGUUUAAGAGGACCAUGCCUUUGAUCACGGACCUCAGGAACCCAGCUCUGAGAGAGAGGCACUGGGACCAGGUAAAGGAUCUGGUCCUUCGGACGUUCGAUCAAGAAGCUGAGGACUUCAGACUGGAAAACAUCGUUGAGUUGGGCUUGGACAAACACGUGGAGAAGGUUGCUGAGAUUUCAUCCUCAGCCACCAAGGAACUGGCCAUCGAGCAGGCUCUUGAGAACAUCGCGAAGACCUGGGCCGUCACCACGUUGGACAUUGUGCCUUACAAAGACAAGGGACACCACCGGAUCAGAGGAACUGAGGAUGUCUUCCAGGCUCUGGAUGACAACCAGGUGGCCUUGUCCACCAUGAAAGCGUCGCGUUUCGUCAAGCCCUUCGAGAAGGACGUGGACCGGUGGGAACGCUGCCUCUCGCUCAUCCUGGAGGUGAUCGAGAUGUUGCUGACCGUCCAGAGGCAGUGGAUGUAUCUGGAGAACAUCUUCUUGGGAGAAGAUAUCCGGAAGCAGCUGCCCGGGGAAUCGUCCUCCUUCGACAACAUCAACAGCAGCUGGAAGAUCAUCAUGGAUCGCUUUGUGAAGGACAACAACGCCCUGAGGGCUACUCACUACCCAGGACUCCUGGACAAGCUGGUAGAAAUGAACAGCGCUUUAGAAGAUAUCCAGAAGUCCCUGGACAUGUACUUGGAGACCAAGCGCCAUAUCUUUCCCCGUUUCUACUUCCUCUCCAACGAUGACCUCUUGGAGAUCUUGGGCCAGUCCCGUAACCCGGAUGCCGUCCAGCCCCACCUCAAGAAGUGCUUUGACAACAUUAAGUGCCUGAAGAUCCAGAAGAUUGGGGCCACCCAGCGGUCAGAAGCCCUCGGCAUGUACUCUCUGGACGGGGAGUAUGUGGACUACACCCAUUCCGUACUCCUGGAAGGACCCGUGGAGGAGUGGCUGUGCGACGUGGAGAGGGCCAUGCGCUGGACGUUGAGGGAAGUGCUACGGAACUGCCGCCUGGCCUUGAAGAAGAUGCUGACCAAGAGAGACAAAUGGGUGAAGGAGUGGCCCGGACAGAUGGUGAUCACCGCGAGCCAGAUCCAGUGGACGACCGACGUGAGCAAGUGCUUGGCCACCUGCAAGGAACGCGGCGACAAGAAGUACCUCAAAGCGAUGAAGAAGAAGCAGGUGUCCAUGCUCAACAAGUACUCGGAGGCCAUCCGGGGCAGCCUGACCAAAAUCAUGCGCCUGAAGAUUGUGGCGCUGGUGACGGUGGAAGUCCACGCCCGCGACGUCAUCGAGAAGCUGUACAAGAGCAGCUUGCUGGACGUCACCUCCUUCGAGUGGCUGAGUCAGCUUCGCCUCUACUGGGAGAAGGAUUUGGACGAUUGCGUGAUCCGGCAGACCAACACUCAGUUCGCUUACGGCUACGAGUACCUGGGGAACUCCGGCCGGCUGGUUAUCACCCCUUUGACUGACAGGUGCUACAUGACGCUGACCACGGCCCUCCACCUGCACCGAGGAGGGUCCCCAAAGGGCCCUGCAGGCACCGGCAAGACAGAGACCGUCAAGGAUCUGGGCAAAGCGCUCGGCAUGUACGUGAUCGUGGUGAACUGCUCAGAGGGCCUUGACUACAAGUCCAUGGGGCGCAUGUACUCCGGACUCGCCCAGACGGGAGCCUGGGGUUGCUUUGACGAAUUCAACCGCAUCAACAUCGAGGUCCUCUCAGUGGUGGCCCAGCAAAUCCUCUCCAUCUUGUCUGCUCUGGCUGCCAACAUGACCCGCUUCACCUUCGAAGGCCACGAGAUCAACCUGGUGUGGUCUUGUGGCAUCUUUAUCACCAUGAACCCAGGUUACGCCGGGCGCACGGAGCUGCCGGACAACCUGAAGUCCAUGUUCCGUCCCAUCUCCAUGGUGGUGCCAGACUCCACCCUCAUCGCCGAGAUCAUCCUUUUUGGAGAAGGCUUCAACAACUGCAAGGUCUUGGCCAAGAAAGUCUACACCCUCUACUCCUUGGCCGUACAACAGCUCUCCAAGCAGGACCACUACGACUUCGGCCUGCGGGCCCUCACCUCCCUGCUCCGUUACGCCGGGAAGAAGCGCCGGGUUCGGCCGGACCUCUCGGAUGAAGAGAUCCUUCUGAUGGCCAUGAAGGAUAUGAACAUCGCCAAGCUGACCUCCGGAGACGUCCCGCUCUUCAACGCCAUCACCCAGGACCUCUUCCCGGGCAUCGAGUGCCCCGUCAUCGACUAUGGCAAGGUGGAAACAGAAACCCUGCAACGCAUGUUUGACAAAUUCACCAACCAGAUCCUGAACUUCAAAAAGGAGAAUUGCCAGGAGUUGGUUCCCAUCACGGAAUACAAUGGCAUCGUGGCUCUUUGCAAGCUCUUCACGUCUUUGGCUGAGGAAGGGCUGAAUCUCACCGACACGGAGAACUACUCUAUCCUGGUGGAGAUGUAUUUCGUCUUCAGCAUGAUCUGGUCACUCUGUGCCGCCGUGGACGAGGAAGGCCGGAAGAAGAUCGACAACUUCCUGCGGGAAAUCGAGGGGUCCUUCCCUAACAAGGACACCGUCUACGAGUAUUACGUCGACCCCAAGAGGAAGCAGUGGGUUGCCUUCGAGGACAACCUUCCCAAGAUGUGGAGAUACCCUCCCAACGUCCCCUUCUACAAGAUCAUCGUGCCGACCGUGGACACCAUGCGGUACAACUACCUCGUCAACGCCCUGAUCGCCAACCAACAGCCGGUGUUGUUGGUGGGUAUGGUGGGCACGGGGAAGACCUCCAUUGCCCAGGGGGUGCUUCAAUCCCUGGACAGCCUCAAGUGGGCCAUCUUGGUGAUCAACAUGUCCGCCCAGACCACGUCCAACAACGUCCAGAGCAUCAUCGAGAGCCGCGUGGAGAAGCGCACCAAGGGCGUCUAUGUGCCUAUGGGAGGGAAGAGCAUGAUCACCUUCAUGGAUGACCUCAACAUGCCCGCCAAAGACACCUUUGGAUCUCAGCCCCCUCUGGAGCUUCUACGGCUUUGGCUGGACUACGGCUUCUGGUACGACCGGACAAAGCAAACCAUCAAACAUAUCAAGGACAUGUUCCUGAUGGCGGCCAUGGGACCCCCCGGAGGAGGGCGCACGGUGAUCUCCAGCCGUUUGCAGAGCCGUUUCAACCUCAUCAACAUGACCUUCCCUACUGAUUCCCAAAUCCGUCGCAUCUUCGGCACGAUGAUCAACCAGAAGCUGCAGAACUUCGAGGAGGCCGUCAAGCCCAUCGGCAACGUCAUCACCGAGGCCACGGUGGAGCUCUACAACAGCGUGGUCCAACGGUUCCUGCCCACGCCGGCCAAAAUCCACUACCUGUUCAACCUCCGGGACAUUUCCAAGGUCUUCCAAGGGAUGCUGAGGGCCCACAAGGACUUCCACGACACCAAAGCCAGCCUGACCCGUCUCUGGAUUCACGAAUGCUUCAGCUCUUCUAAAAAGCCUCCAGUGAUGGAACACCCACAUCUUCUGGAGAUCCUGGCUGUAACCCGCAUCGUCCGGGUGAUCAGCCAACCCCGGGGCAACAUGCUGUUGGUGGGCAUCGGAGGGAGCGGGCGCCAGAGCCUGGCACGCUUGGCCUCCUCCAUCUGCGAGUACUACACCUUCCAGAUCGAAGUCUCCCGCCAGUACCGCAAACAAGAAUUCCGAGAAGACAUCAAGAAGCUGUACCGUCAGAGUGGGGUCGACCUGAAACCCACCACCUUCCUCUUUGUGGACACCCAGAUAGCGGAUGAAUGCUUCCUGGAAGACAUCAACAACAUCCUGAGCUCCGGGGAAGUGCCCAAUCUCUAUAAGCCAGAUGAGUUUGAGGAGAUCCAAAGCCACAUCAUCGACGCGGCCCGGGCCGAAGGCAUCCAGGAGAGUCUGGACAGCCUCUUCGCCUACCUGAUCGAAAGAGUCCGGAACAACCUGCACGUCGUGCUGUGCCUGAGCCCGGUGGGGGACCCCUUCAGGAACCGGAUACGCCAGUACCCUGCUUUGGUGAACUGCACCACCAUCGACUGGUUCUCGGAGUGGCCGAAGGAAGCCUUACUGGAGGUGGCGGAGAAGUACCUGGAAGGCGUGGAUUUGGGCGUGGUGGAAAGGGGGAGUCUCGACACGAUGCAAAAGCGAGUGGCUAAAAUCUUCGUCACCAUGCACUGGUCAGUGGCCAGAUACUCUCACAAGAUGUUGCUGGAACUCCGGCGUCACAACUACGUGACACCCACCAACUACCUGGAGCUGGUGUCUGGCUACAAGAAACUUCUGGCCGAGAAACGGAAGGAGCUUUCGGACCAGGCCAACAAACUCCGCAACGGCCUCUUCAAAAUCGACGAGACUCGGGAAAAAGUUGAGGUGAUGACCCUGGAGCUGGAGGAGGCGCGGAGGAAGGUGGCUGAAUUCCAGAAACAGUGCGAGGAAUACCUGGUGAUCAUUGUGCAGCAGAAGCGGGAAGCGGAUGAACAACAAAAGACGGUGUCAGCGAAUAGCGAAAAGAUCGCUGCCGAGGAAAUCAAGUGCAAAGCGUUGGCGGACAAUGCCCAGAAGGAUCUGGAGGAAGCCCUGCCGGCCUUGGAGGAAGCCAUGAAGGCUUUGGAGUCCCUCAACAAGAAGGACUUGACGGAGAUCAAGUCCUACGGCCGGCCACCAACGCUGGUGGAGACCGUGAUGCAAGCCGUCAUGAUCCUGAGGGGCAACGAGCCCACCUGGACAGAAGCCAAGAAGCAGCUCGGGGAGCCCAACUUCAUCAAGCAACUGGUGUACUUCGACAAGGAUAACAUCUCCGACAAAGUCCUCAAGAAGAUCAGCGCCUACUGCUCUCAGCCGGACUUCCAGCCCGACAUCAUCGGGAGGGUCUCGGUGGCCGCCAAGUCCCUGUGCAUGUGGGUGCGGGCCAUGGAGAUGUACGGGCGCAUCUACCGCGUGGUGGAGCCCAAGCGCGCUCGCAUGAACGCCGCCCUGGCCCAGCUGGCGGAGAAGCAGGCCGCGCAGGCCGAAGCCCAGGAGCGGCUGCGAGAGGUCGGUUCCGCCGAGCAGAGGGAGAGCCCUAGGCAACUGGAAGACGCGCGGACCUCGACUCCCAGAAUUAUCCCAGCCGGCGAAUUCUGGGAAUUGAAGUCCGCAGGUCACACCCUUGCCAAAGUCGGAGACCGCCCCCCCCCCCGGGGGGUGGCUGAACGGUUCUCGGUUUCCCCGCAGGGCCUGGAGGAAGAUUUGGGCUACCUGGUGGGCGACUGUCUCCUCGCCUCGGCCUUUGUGUCCUACAUGGGGCCCUUCCUGUCCAGUUACCGGGACGAGAUGGUCUCCCACAUCUGGAUGAAGCAGAUCCGGCAGCUUCAUGUGCCCUGCUCGCCCAUGUUCACCUGCGACAGCUUCCUGUCCAACCCAACCAUGGUGCGCACCUGGAACAUCCAGGGACUGCCCUCCGACGACUUCUCCACCGAAAACGGGAUUAUCGUCACGCGUGGGAACCGGUGGCCUCUGAUGAUCGACCCUCAAUGCCAGGCCACCAAGUGGAUCAAGAACAUGGAAGCCAAGAAGGGUUUGAAGAUCAUUGACCUGCAGAUGCCCGACUACUUGCGCAUCCUGGAGACGGCCAUCCAGGUUGGCGCUCCAGUGCUGCUGCAGAACGUGCAGGAGGAGCUGGACCCCACCCUCGCCCCCAUCCUGAACAAGUCGGUCACCAAAGUGGGUGGGCGCAUGCUGAUCCGGCUGGGGGACAAGGAGGUGGACUACCACCCCGAUUUCCGAUUCUACAUUACCACCAAGCUCCCCAACCCUCACUACACGCCUGAGACUUCCUCACAGACCACCAUCGUCAACUUUGCCGUCAAGGAGCAGGGCCUGGAGGCCCAGCUGCUGGGCAUCGUGGUCCGGAAGGAGCGGCCCGAACUGGAGGAACAGAAGGACUCCCUGGUGCUCAACAUUGCAGCUGGCAAGAGGAAGCUGAAGGAGCUGGAAGAUGAGAUCCUCAGGUUGCUGAACGAAGCCACCGGCUCCCUGCUGGACGAUGUGCAGCUGGUGAACACCUUGCAGACCUCCAAAGUGACCGCCACAGAAGUCACGGAGCAGCUGGAGACCAGCGAGAUGACCGAGAUCAAGAUUGACACUGCCCGGGAGGCCUACCGGCCUUGUGCCCAGAGAGCCUCCAUCCUCUUCUUCGUGCUGAACGACAUGGGGCGCAUCGACCCCAUGUACCAGUUCUCCCUAGAUGCCUACAUCGACCUCUUCAACCUCAGCAUCCACAAGAGCCAUCGCAGCCACAAGCUGGACGAACGAAUCCGACACCUCAACGAGUACCACACCUAUGCUGUCUACAGGUACACCUGCCGCGGCCUCUUUGAGCGACACAAGCUGCUCUUCAGCUUCCAGAUGUGUGCCAAGAUCCUGGAAAUGUCCGGCACUCUCAAGAUGGACGAAUACAAUUUCUUCCUGCGGGGCGGAGUGGUGCUGGACCGGGAAGGGCAGAUGGACAAUCCGUGCACCAGCUGGCUCUCCGACAUCUACUGGGACAACAUCACGGAACUGGACAAGCUGACCAAUUUUCACGGCAUCAUGAACUCCUUCGAACAGUAUCCCAGGGACUGGAACCUUUGGUACACCAGCUCCAAGCCGGAGAAGGCCAUGCUGCCAGGCGAGUGGGAGAACUCCUGCAACCAAAUGCAACGGAUGUUGGUCGUCCGGUCUCUGCGGCCGGACCGGGUGGCCUUCUGCGUCACAGCCUUCAUCGUCUCCAAUCUGGGCUCCCAGUUCAUCGAGCCCCCCGUGCUGAACAUGAAGUCGGUGGUGGACGACUCCACCACAAAGACCCCCCUGAUCUUCGUCCUCUCUCCGGGUGUCGACCCCACCUCUUCUUUGCUUCAGCUGGCCGAGCAGUCGGGCAUGGCGCAGCAUUUCCACGCCCUGUCCUUGGGCCAGGGCCAGGCACCCAUCGCCACGCGUAUGAUUAAGGACGGAGUCCACCAGGGCAACUGGGUUUUCCUAGCCAACUGCCACCUGUCUCUGUCCUGGAUGCCGCAGCUGGACAAACUGGUGGAACAGCUGCAGGUUGAAGAGCCGCACCCUUCCUUCCGCCUGUGGCUGAGCUCCAGCCCCCACCCCGAAUUCCCCAUCUCUAUCCUGCAGGCGGGCAUCAAGAUGACAACGGAGCCCCCCACGGGCUUGAAGGCAAACAUGAAGCGGUUGUACCAGCUGAUCACGGACCCCCAGUUCAACCGUUGCACGAAGCCCAACAAGUACAAGAAGCUGCUCUUUGCCCUCUGCUUCUUCCACAGCGUCCUGCUGGAACGCAAGAAAUUUCUUCAGCUGGGCUGGAACAUCAUCUACGGCUUCAACGACUCCGAUUUCGAGGUGUCCGAGAAUCUCCUGAGCCUGUACCUGGACGAGUACGAGGACACCCCCUGGGACGCUCUGAAGUACCUGAUCGCGGGGGUCAACUAUGGGGGCCACGUGACGGACGACUGGGACCGGCGUCUCCUCACCACCUACAUCAACGACUACUUCUGCGAUCAAACAGUGGCCACCCCCUUCUACAAGCUAACGGUGUUAGACACUUACUACAUCCCCAAGGAUGGCAACCUGUCUUCCUACAAGGAGUACAUCAGCCUCCUGCCAGGCAUGGACCCCCCAGAGGCCUUUGGCCAGCACCCCAAUGCUGAUGUGGCCUCGCAGAUCACCGAGGCCCGGACGCUCUUCGAAACUCUGCUGUCGCUCCAGCCACAAACCACCCCAACCGGGGUGGCUGGGCAGAGCCGGGAGGACAAGGUGCUGGAGCUCUCCUCCGACGUGCGCAGCAAGAUUCCAGAGGAGAUCGACUACGAGGGGACCUGCAGGGUGCUCUCCACCGAUCCCUCCCCUCUCAAUGUGGUCCUGUUGCAAGAGAUCCAGCGUUACAACUCCUUGUUGCAGAUCAUCAGCUCAUCGCUGGUGGAGCUGGAGAAGGGCAUUCAAGGGCUGGUGGUCAUGUCGACGGACCUGGAGGAAAUUUUCAAUUGCAUCUUCGAUGCCCGCGUGCCCCCCAUGUGGGAGAGGGCCUACUCUUCCCAGAAGCCCCUGGCCGCCUGGACACGGGACCUGGGCCUGCGGGUGGAGCAGUUUGCCCGCUGGGCGAAGACGGCCCACCCGCCAGUGCUCUUCUGGCUCUCCGGCUUCACCUUCCCCACCGGAUUCCUGACGGCCGUCUUGCAGGCUGCUGCGCGGCAGAACAACAUCUCCGUGGACACCCUGAGCUGGGAGUUCAUCGUCUCGACGGUGGAUGACAACAAUCUGGUGUACCCCCCCAAGGGUCAUGACGUGCACCGAAGAUGGUGCUCGAUUAAACUUUACGUGCUUCAAGGACGAGAAAGUAAGCUAAAACCGAAAACCCUACGCUAUUUCAGACGAAGAGUUGUCCGAUCUCUUCUCAAAUGCCGCAACUUCUACUGCGGGGAUCUCGAAACUUGGCGACUUUGA